CAAGCCCAGCCCGGCGCAGUGGAGCAGCGGCCGCUCGCUCGGCUGUAAAUGGUCUGUCGACGGCAGCAGAGGGCGGAAUAAGGAGCUCUGGGUACGGAAGACAUACCCAGACGCCAAAACAGGAAAUUAGAGCGGAGGACCCAGUCUGGAAAGGUUUGCCAUUUCAGAAAAAAGUGCCCAAGCACCAACGGCUGGCUGUUGGCUGAGGAACCUGUAGAACCUGUCUGGGCCUGCCAGAAACCACUGGCUCGCUGGAGUAAGACUUAUACUGUGCAAUGGCUCUUUUGACCUUGCACAGGAUCCCAUCCGGCUCCACCUCCCCGGAUGAAAGCCUUCAAAAGAGAGGACGACUUCAGAAAAGAGAGAGCUUUGCAUUCGUUAAAGGAGCUGCUCUUCUGCUGGAAGAUGCUGACGCUGGGGGUCUCAAAGAUGGCACUUCUUCACAUGACGUGACUUCUCCUGUGAAAAAAGGCACUGGAGCAUCAGAGACUCAGCACAGACACCUCCACGCCAUGCUAGAACAGCUCAGACCUGAAGAUAACAUCAAGCUGGCGGUGGAGCUGGAGUCGGUCAGCCCGGUCAGAGUCAGGUAUCUGAUCGUCGUCUCCACGCUGGCAAGCAAACAAGAGAGCAUUCUGCUGGGCAUGGAUUUCCCCAGCUCAGACAGCACUCAUUGCACUAUUGGCCUGGUUCUGCCGGUAUGGAGUGACACACAAGUGUAUCUGGAUGGAGAUGGUGGUUUUAGUGUGACGUCGGCUGAGGACACCAAAAAUUUUAAACCAGUUUCCAUGCAGACCAUGUGGUCAAUCCUGCAGGUGUUGCACGGCUGCUGCGAGCGGGCAGUCAAAGCAGCCGUAAUCCCAGGCAGCGGGCUGGAGUGGGCCCAGCACUAUGCCAAGCGCAUUGAGUCCGACCGGUUCUGCCUGAAUGAGUGGGAGGCCAUGAACGACCUGGAGUCAGUGCGCAGGGACAGUAAUGGACAGAGCUCUGCAGACAGAGUUUCCAAUGAAAGGCUCAUCAAAGAGCACCUAAGAGACAUCAUGAGGACUGAAGACCUUGACAACCUCACGUCCAAAAUGGUGCACACUGCUCUGGAGACCAGGAUAGGGUUUGACAUGAGACCCUACAAGGAGUACAUUGAUAAUGAGAUCUUGGUUACCAUGGCUCAGAUGGACAAACCUUCAAAAAUAUUUGAUUACCUUUACCUGGGCUCCGAGUGGAACGCAGCUAACUGUGAGGAGCUGCAGAAAAACAACAUUGGCUACAUCCUGAAUGUCACAAGGGAGAUUGACAAUUUUUUCCCAGAAUCCUUCAGUUACAUGAACAUCAGAGUAUAUGACGUGGAGGCCACCGAUCUGCUCUCUCAUUGGCCGGACACAUACAACUUCAUCAACUCUGCAAGGAAGAGUGGAGAGGCGGUGUUGGUGCACUGUAAGAUGGGAGUGUCUCGAUCCGCAUCCACGGUGAUCGCCUACGCCAUGAAGCAGCAACACUGGGCUCUGGAGGAGGCGCUGGCCUACGUUAGGGAUCGCCGCUCCAUCGUCAAGCCCAACGAUGGUUUUCUGAAGCAGCUUCAGACCUACAGCGGGAUCCUCAACGCAAGCCAGCAACGUCACAGCGCUCUCUGGAAGCCAAGACAGAAGUCAGUGCGAAAGGACAAGGGAGGGCCGGUCGACAAGCCAGGAGAGGAGGACGAGGAUGAAGACGAGGAUGAAGACGAGGAAGAUGAUGUAUACAGUCCAGAUGAAAAAGAUUCCAUCAGUCUAGAUGAGAAAAAUAAUUCAGAGGAAAACCUAGAGGUGUUUGGAGAACCAGUUCCACAAUCUGACAACCUCCAGUCUGCCAGGCAGGAAGGACCAGGUCCCAUUAUCACUAUAAAUGAACCAGACAAAGUUGCUUCAAGUGUGAACCGCAGUGGCAGGAUGAACCUCUUCUCCCUCAUGCAAUCCAUUAGCGAACUAGAUGACGAGGAUAAGGGACAUGAGCCGCUUUCUGGCAGUCCGAGGCGCUCUCCUAAGCAGCGAAGGAACAGCCACGGCCGACGGGGGCUCGCCCACCAAAAAGCAUGCGUUGAUUUGUCACCAGAGCCGCGCUCCCUGCCGGAUGGUGGUCAAAGCAAGCACUAAAAUGAACAAAGAGCUGGACAAUCAGGGAGAAAGGGGUUUCACUAAAGGAAAUCCUGUUGAACCCAGGAAACAUGCCAAGGUAGUUCUAUUGAAGCUGUAUUUUGUGUUUCACGAACUUCCAUUGCACAUCUGAGCUCCUAAAAAUACCUGUUUUAUUUUAAUGAGGUUGUGUGUUAAGUAUUGUUGUACCAGUGACAGGCAGGAUUUCCUAUUGCUGAUGUCAAAGUGGUAUUAUGGUUAUAAAGUGUUGUCAUUAGGACUCACAGAGGCCCCUUCUUGCCUCCUGAAGCUUUCCCUUAAACACUGCAGAGAUCUAUGCAAUACCUGUAAUCUCCCAUUCCCUGGUAAACACGAGGCUUUAAACUACCACUUCUCUAUUUCCUCCCAAAAAAUGGUCCUUGGUCUCUGAUGGAAGGAUUUUCCUGUAUCUAAGCUGUGCAUUACAGACCACGUUAAAGGCCAGUUUUUAUGGCACAUGCCUGAUUGCCAAACUGUUUUUCUACGUGACAGUGAAUAUAUUUAAUUGAAGAAAAAAUAUUGUAAGGAACAACUGUAGACCAUUUUAUUUUUAUUCUAUUGUAUACUCCUGGACUGCAUGAGUGCCUUCAACCUGAGAAUAUAGGCUGGUGUUUUUGUUUUUUACUAGAUGGCCCCAUCUUGUAUCUUUCCUAGUUUCUUACUUGGUUUAAUGGCUUCAUCAAUGUGAUUUUCAGAGAUUGAGCUUUAUAUAUAUAUAGGUAUCCAUGUGUAAUUGCUGGUGACCUGGGUGCAUGUUGCUGUGCUUAUAUUCCAGCCUGUGAGACCAAAUCAUUCAGGGUUACUUUUAUUGUGUAUUUAUAUGAACUUUAUUAUUGGCUUCUACUCCAGAGGUCACCAGAUGCUGAUGUGGAACAUUAUUUCAUGCUGGUGUUAUUCUUUUGAGUCCAACCAAGCUCAAGCUUAAUUCAUUAAACCUGCAUGUGCACAAUUAAAAUCAAUUACAUGCACUUUAUAAUCCCACACUGUUCACACUGCCUGAAGCAACCCUACACUGUACCGUGAUCUGAUUGGUAACUGUAAGUUGCAGCCGAAGCUGAUCUGUUGUGCUGGUAAGUUCUUGGCUUUCUGUAGCUCACUCUUGUUUACGAAACAUUCAGAGUGACAAAUAAAGAAAUGCCACCCCAA